AUGCCAAGGCCGCCUCUAACGUCCUUGGCAGAAGGUUCAAGAAGGAGGACGUGCAUCUCGCCUUCAUUCAAGAACCCUGGGUUAACUCAGGCCGCGUAUGUGGCCUUGGGGACGCAGAGGGUUCUGCUGUCAGGAUGUGGUGGCGGUACAUAUCAAGAUCCCAGCGGGGAGGAGCGGAGGGGGAGUGGAGUUCAUUGCCUGCUCAGCAUAUUUCCCGGGAGACAAGACAGCGGAUUUACCUCCUCCAAGAAAGUGAGAGAACUAAUCUCCUUCUGCAAGAGGAAAAACCUACAGCUGGUGAUAGGAUGCGACGCCAACGGCCACAACGAGGCAUGGGGAAGCACGGACACCAACUUCAGAGGUGAGUUAAUUCUUAAUUACUUAAUAGGUGAAGGGUUAGUAGUUAAUAACAUAGGCUCCGAACCAACCUUUGUUACUUGUAACAGGAAAGAGGUUUUAGACAUUACGGUCAGCUCUAAUUACUUGAGCAAUAGGAUAUCCAAUUGGAGGGUAUCAUCUGAGCCAUCGUGCUCGGAUCAUAGACACAUACAGUUUGAAAUAAGCGUAGGUGAAAGAACUCUCCUGCAAUAUAGGGAUCCUAAGUGCACAGAUUGGGAAGGAUACAACCGCUCACUCGUGCAUCUGCUGGAACCCACAAUUGCAAAAGUGAGAGAUCGCGACGAGAUCGAGAUUGCAGCGGAGCAACUGCGAUGUGCAAUUAUAACGGUUUAUAGUGAAAACUGUCCACUUAAAACAAAGAAGGAUAAUAGAAAGUCCUCUUGGUGGAACAACAAACUGGACAAAAGAAGAAAAGAAGUGCGGCAGCUUUUUAACCGCGCUAAAGUGUCAGGUAACUGGGAAACUUAUCGUGCGACGUUGGCGGAGUACAAUAAGGAAAUAAGACGGGCGAAGAGAGAGUCCUGGAGAAGGUUCUGUGGGAGUCUGGUCGAUCUACCUCAAAGCACCAGAAUUCACAAGAUUCUCUCAAAAGAACCAGUGAAUGAGCUAGGGACGAUACAGCGCCCCGACGGUAAUUUCACAGAGUCCAGGAAAGAAACGCUACAGAUUUUGGCCCAAAAACACUUCCCAGGCUGCUUGAUACUAGGUGAUGAAGAGCUACCCCCGAUACUCAUGCGUCGUAAAACCGGCCCAAAAAGAGGAUUGGGAGAUAGCGAAGAAAGGCAAGUCUGGCAUGGUCACACCUGCCAGCUGACUGGACGAGAGCAAGGUGGUAUACAUACCGAAACUGGGGAAACAAAACCUACAACCUGGCUCAUAUCGACCAAUAAGCCUUACAUCAUUUCUGCUGAAGACUCUGGAGAAGAUAUUGGAUGGACACAUUAG